AUGGUGACCGAGGAAUACCCUGCCAUGUCUGGAGGCAAUGCCAUUGCAACUACGACUGUCCUUCUGGAGACAGGCAUGGUGGCCAUGACUGAACCGAUCACCAAGAUAGUCCUGGAAACUCCAGCAGGUUUAGUGCCUAUCACUGCGGACUGCGAGGGUGGGAAGUGCGAGGAGGUCGCGUUUAACACUGUCUCUUCCUUCGUUUUCGCCCUAGAUUACAAGAUCGAUGUCCCUACACUGGGAUUCGUCUCGGUGGAUAUUGCAUGGGGAGGGAUGAUCAACGGCUUUGUCGAUGCAACCUCACUCGGAAUCAGUAUCAACAACAAAAACGGGCCGAAGUUGAUCGAAUACGGAGAGGGAAUCACAGAUGCUCUCCAAAAAGCUCCGUUCGUGCCCGUCCAUCCGGAGAACCCAGGCAUCAGAGGCGUUAGUAUCCUCCAGUUCACAGAACCACUUUAUUGGGAUACUAUGAUGGCUGUCAAUACUGUUGUGGUUUCUCCCGGGCGGUUCGAUCGGUGCCCGUGUGGCACAGGAAGCUGUGCAAGGAUGGCAGUGCUCCAUGCUCGUGGCCAGCUCGCAGUUGACGAAGAGAUUCCAGCAUCAUAG